UCAUCUAGUUCAACACAGAACUCUGCAGUACCAGAGCUGCCAGGAUUUUACUAUGACUCAGAAAAGAACCGCUACUUUCGCUUACUGCCUGGACAUAACAACUACAACCCACUCACCAAGGAGAGCAUUCAGUACAAGGCAAUGGAAUGCAAAAGACUGAAACUCUUAGAAGAGGAAGAAAAACAAAAGAAGCCAGCGAGGGCUGGGCUGAACUCCUCUGUGCUGUUGCAGAAAAGGCAGCUGGGUUUGCUCAGCUCCACAAGCUACUGCAGGCUGGUCCAUGAGCUAAAAGUGAACUGCAUGCAGAGGAGGAAGAUAGAAAUUCACAGUCCAGAUUCCUCAGUCGGUGGAACAGACAAUUUUAAAAUAAUUGUGGCAGAUGUUGCUUGUGAACGGAUAUUCACUGUGAACGACGUCGAGCACGGAGGAUGCAAAUACGGUAUCAUCAACCUCAGCGGUCUGGGGAAGGAGGCCCUGGCUGUGGAGAUGUAUGACAACCUCUACUUCACAAACCGCAAGGUGAAUUCUGUGUGCUGGGCAUCAUUGACUCAUCCAGAUUCUCAUGUUUUGCUGUGUCUCAUGGGAAUUGCAGAAACACCAGGCUGUGCCAGCCUGCUGCCAGCAUCAUUGUUCAGCAGCACGAACCCAGGAGAUCGGCCUGGAAUGCUGUGCAGCUUCAAGAUAUCCACUGCCUGGUCCUGUGCUUGGUGCCUGAAUCCCCAGGCAGACAACUGCUUCAGCACAGGCCUGACACGACGAGUUCUUGUGACCAAUGUGGUGACAGGACAUCGACAGACAUUUGGGACCAGUAGCGAUGUACUGGCACAACAGUUUGCCACACAGAGCCCGGUGCUGUUCAGCGGCUGCCGCUCGGGGGAGGGGAUCGAGGGGUCCAGCAUCGACGUGCGGCAGCGCAGCCGGCGGGGCCAGGGCUGGAAGGCGACGCGGCUCUUCCACGACUCGGCGGUGACGGCCCUCCGCCUCCUGCAGGGGGAGCACCACCUGCUGGCAGCAGAUAUGGCUGGACAGAUAAAACUGUGGGACCUGAGAACAGUGAAGUGUGUGAAACAGUAUAAAGGUCACCACAAUGAGUAUGCCAUUCUCCCUGUGCAUGUGAAUGAGGAGGAAGGACUUCUUACAGCAGUUGGUCAGGAUUGCUACACCAGAAUUUGGAGUCUCCAGGAUGCCCACCUGCUUAGAACCAUCCCUUCUCCCUACCCUGCCUCCAAAGAUGCCAUUCCCAGUGUGGUGUUUUCUUCAAGACUUGGGGGUAGCCGAGGAGUUCCUGGCUUACUCAUGGCUGUCAAACAGGAUCUCUACCACUUCUCCUAUAACUGA